UCAUUCGCGCAAAGGAAGCUGCAACGAGCACAACGUGAAAUAACACAUAACGGAUUAAAGUGAAAGACAUACAAAGAGGAAGAAAAAGAGUGUUGCAUACAAAGUAAAAGAAGUGGCAAACAGAACAGUGUUCGAAACUCAAAAAGUGUUAAAUAUUUUAACAACAAAAUAAAAGUGUUUAAUACAUUAUCAAAUAACAGAAUCAAAGCAAAAUGAAUGUCGAAGAGUUUCGCAAAUACGGUAAAGAAGUUAUCGAUUAUAUAUGCCAAUAUGGCAGUAAUAUCGAGGAGCGCGAUGUAGCGCCCACACUAAAUCCCGGAUAUUUGAAAAAACUAUUACCAGCGGACGCACCUCAAUCGCCCGAAUCAUUCAAAGAUGUGCUGGAGGACUUUGAGCAAAAGAUCAUGCCUGGUGUUGUACACUGGAAUCAUCCGAAAUUCUUUGCCUACUUUCCAUCGGGCAAUUCAUUCCCCUCCGUUUUGGGUGACAUGCUGAGCAGUGCCAUUGGCUCCAUUGGCUUCAGCUGGGCCAGUUGUCCAGCUGCCGCUGAGCUCGAGACGAUUGUCAUGAAUUGGUAUGCCAAGGCAUUGGGUCUGCCCAAGGCCUUCAUCUCCGAUGCGCCCGGUAGCACUGGCGGCGGUGCCUUGCAAGGUUCCGCCUCCGAGUGUGCACUUGUCUCACUGAUCACGGCACGUGCUCGGGCCAUUAAUGAGUUGAAGGGUCAAACAACUGUCCAUGACAGUGUCUUUCUGCCAAAUCUGAUUGCCUAUGCCAGUCGGGAGGCACACUCCAGCAUUGAGAAGGCCACCAAAAUGGCGUUGGUGAAGCUGCGCAUCAUCGAUGCCGACGAACGUGGCCGGAUGCGUGUGGAUCUCCUGCAGCAGGCCAUACAGAACGAUGUGAACGCCGGACUGACGCCCUUUUUUGUGGUGGCCACAGUGGGCACUACCGGAGGCUGUGCCUUCGAUGAUAUCUCCGAGAUUGGCAAGGUGUGCCGAGAGGUGCCCAGCAUUUGGUUGCAUGUCGAUGGCGCCUAUGCUGGCAACUCAUUCAUUCUCCCCGAGAUGCGCGUUUUCUCCGCUGGCUUGGAGUACGCCGACUCCUUCAAUACGAAUCCCAACAAACUGCUCUUGACCAACUUUGAUGCCUCGGCUUUGUGGGUACGCGAUGUGAUGACGCUGAAGAGUGCGCUCAAUGUGAAUCCCCUGUACCUGAGACAUGAGCACAUGAAUGGCGUGGAUUACAGACACUAUGGCAUUCCAUUGAGUCGUCGCUUCCGUGCACUCAAACUGUGGUUUGUCUUCCGCACAUAUGGUGUGAAGGGACUGCAGGAGUACAUACGCAAUCAUAUGGUGCUGGCCAAGAAAUUCGAGAUGCUAGUGCGCAAGGACGAACGCUUUGAGGUGCGCAACGAUGUUCAUCUGGGAUUAGUGUGCUUCCGCAUGCGCACGGGAGAUGAACCUAAUCACUUGUUGCUGGCACAGAUCAAUCACUCGGGCAAGAUGCACAUGACGCCAGCCAAGUUUAAUGGACGCUAUGUGAUACGUUUCUGUGUGACGUAUGAGCAUGCCACAGAGAAGGACAUUCUGGAUGCGUGGAGUCAGAUCAAGGGCUUCGCCGAGGAAAUAUUGCGUGAUGCACAAUUGGAGAUCAGUUCGGCUCCGGCCACGCCCGAAACGGAACGCACGAGCUCAGAGCCGAUGCCAGUGGCUGGCAAGCCGCCAAUCAAGAAGAAGCUGACGCGAACCAAAUCCUUGCGAUUCUCCUUCACCCGCAGCAUAUCAAGGGAACAGUUCCAGAGUCAAAGCGAGCAUCUUAUGGAUGGUUGUACGCCUAUAUUGGUUGUCGAUCCCAAAACAAUUCAACAGAACUUUCAGCAAGCAACAGAAGAUAAUGAAAACAACAACAACAAGAAUAACAUACUUGUAACGAAACUAAAGGAUAUUUCCGAUGUGGAUACGGAUGAGGCGAGCAAUUAAUUGAAAAACCGUUGGGUUUCCCUGUAGAUAGUAUUACCGGAUAUUUUUGUAUUUCGGGGUUAGAAACGAGCUGAAAUGAGGCCAGUACCUUAAAUCUGAUGAUUUUAAUUUGCUCGAAUACGAGCAUUUAUAUUUAGUUUUUAAGUUGCGCUGCUGAAUUUCAUUUAAUUUAUUUGUUGGGUUCCUAUUACCACACCUAAUACAUAUAUACAAGUUAAUUUUGUAUGUUUAGUCAAAGCUCAUGAACAAAAGCACUUAUUUAUAAACAUAAACAUUUACUUAGCAUUUGAUAUGCACA